UGUCGACAUCGUCACGUAUGGUGGCACUGAUUGCGUUGCUGAUGGUGAGAAAGUGUAUCGGUAGUGCUGUGGAAGGUAAGGCCGGCCUCAGUGACCAAACAGACGAUUGGUUGACGGGAUCCGUGUAUCAAAGCGGUGUGGGGGUGGACCACCGAAUAAACCAGGUGGGCGAGGUGGUGAGCCAGGUGGUGGAGCAACACCUUGCUGGGUGUCACUUGGUGCUGGUCGAUACAACAACACAAAGCCCAGUGUUCUCAACGAUGGUCAGCCAGUUGGUAAGAAUAAGAGAGAGUGUGAUGGUGGUCGAGGCGUGGCGGUUGUUCUUACAGACGCAAGUAGCCACAAAGGAGUCAGUAAAUAACUGGAAUAAUGGAGAUCAAGUUCUCAAGGACCAGCUAACCAGGGACAAGCUCCUGCAGGGGUUGUGGGGAGACGCUACACUCACCUGCCGUGCCCUCUUCAUACACCUCGACAACAACAACAAAAGCCUCUUUUUCAUGUUCCUGGAGUGGUGUGAAGUGUGGCGACGACCAGAGAUUCCUGUGGUGGUGGUGGGUGAGAGGGAGGGAGUGGAGACCGUCCUCCUUCACCACAGUCUUCGCAACACUAUUCACACCCUUUACCUCGCCCUCCAUGACCUCCCCCUCCACAGAGGCCAGAGACCAUCGCUCAACACGAGAUCUGGGAAGAAAAAUAUCAUCAGAGAAAGUGAGACUGAGCUGGUGUGGAUGUACAGACGGUGUUUGUACUGUGACAAAGGUGAUGCUCAGCUCCAACCCCUCCACCGGGGGAGCCUGACAGCCGGCCUCCAACGCGGUGUGAACCUCUUCCCAGAGCAACUAGACAACUUCAUGGGCCACACAUUCCAGCUGGUGGUGAAUCGUUACCUACCCUUCGUAAACAUCGAGAUGGACAAAGAGCCGGGCACUCCGCUGGCUACCCGAGACUCCCUUAAUACCCGUAUGCUCCAUGUCAUCGCCACUAGUCUUAACUUUACGUAAGUUGGACUUAUUCCUGACACACUUCCAUAGAAAAAAUAACAUAAAAUUAAUAACUUAAUAUGACUUAAAGUCAUUAUGCUUUGCAUGUAGUUAUUAUUUCAGAUUAAUGCAUAAGUUUAAAUAACUUGAAUUUAGCGUAGAUGAACGUCUCGUUAUCAUUACUAUCCUUAGGCACAGACUCUGCCCACUCAUUAUCUCUGACACAGUGGUAUUCCAUCAUAAGGUAACCAGAUUAUACCUAAAUUAUGUAGGUCAGGAAGGAUUAUUCUCGGUUUAUUU